AUGGCUGCCCCAAAUCAUCACAUAGCUUCUCUGCGUCUAGCUCAAGCUGCCAUUUUCAAUGGGAAGGGCUUUGAAGAUGCAGCGGGGUAUGCUCGCUACCUCCACCACUUCCAGGAUCGUUCCUUGCAUCCCUCUAUCACCCUCGAUCCCUCCAGAUUCAAUAGGUAUGGGAUGGAUGUCCCACGCCUAAUCACCACUAUUGGAUGGGGGGAUAUUCUUCCAAAUCGCAACUUUGGGUUUCGUCCUGAGGCAGUUCGGAUGUUCUAUGCCAACAUGAAGUCGUGCCUUCAUAUCUCACCCCCAUGCUUCACAACGAUAGUAUACAACUAUCUGAUCACCAUCAAUGUGGAAUUACUGUCUCUGUUGCUUGGAAUUCCCAUUGCAUGA